AUGGCAAGGAGGUUCUCUUACGCGGAAAAAGGGAAAGCGGUAGUCACUCCACAAGAAACCCCGACGCUGAAAAGAAUCCGAGCUCCAGACAUGGACACUUCUGACCUUGUUGAGGCAAACGCUCUGACCCUCAUUGGAAGGUCCACAAACCCUAGAGAACAAAGGGUCCGCUCUCUCAUCCCGUACUUCACUAACAGGUGGGAGAUAAAGGGAGAGAUUGAAGGCUCGGACCUGGGUAACAACUGCUUCCAGUUCCGUUUCACGCUGGAGCCUAUCAUCUCAGCCAACUUCCCAUCCCAGAUCCCGUUCUGGAUCUACAUCAGAGGUCUCCCACUCCACUACUGGAAACAAGACCUAAUCUGUAAAAUAGGAAAGGAAGCCGGAGAAGUCUUAAAAUUCGAAAUCUCGAAAACAGUGGCAAAAACCAAGGUCUCGGUUAACGCCCUCAAACCUAUAGUGAAAGUCACGGAGGUGGAGUUUGCAACCGGGGAAGUAGCCCUAGUCAGUCUGGAGUAUGAAAGACUAGGCCUCCACUGCUCCAUCUGCAACAGCUUGACGCAUAAAGAUAAGUUCUGCUCAAGCUCCCAAGAGCAACCGCGACAAAACGCUGCAAAUAAAGACCGCCCUAGAUCUCCUGCAAACGACAAACAUCACGACAAAGAGCCACAGUCAACCCUGGAUUCACAAAGGAGAAGAACUCAAGGAGAGGGGGAACGCAGUCCGAAAGAAAAAAGAGAUAGACACGGUAACCUGAUGCAGGACAAACCAGUCUACACAAACAGAGGAAAAAAAUCCCCGGUUCGAGGCCAUCCGAGAGGUGAGGGAAGAAACGCCAGUGUCAAGCUUCAGAGAAAGUUUUACCGUGAGGAAGAAAGACGGUACCACGGGACUAGUAGGAGACACAGCCCACCACAACUACAGUGGCGUGAAAAAGUUAGAAGCCGAACUCCCAGUCGCCAAGAGGAAUCGGGGAGAUCUGAAACUUCCCGACCACAGACAAUGAGGAGAGCCCUUGAAGAUAGAAACCCUCCGGAGAUCCCAAUCCCCACCACGGAAGAAGUAAUGCAGGAGCUCCAAGAAGUUACUAUCCAGUACAUUAACUGUCCAGAUCCUGCUGAGAGCGCAGCAAGAAGGCAAAGAGUUAUGCUAUCAGAGGAACAAGGCCUAAUGGAAGAAACUGCGGCAAAUAUCAUAACAGCAGCAACAAUUUCGUACCAAAGAACUCUCAACUUCGAGCAGGACCAAGAGGAAGAGGAAGUGACUGAGAUAGGGCAGCAAACUACACAAGACAUCCCCUGCACACAGGAUAUACUAAAGAAGAGACGUGGUAGACCACCAAAGAACAAGAGAAACAGCCCGGCUGUAGGAAUUAGCCUCAGACAAAGAAGAAUGGCUCAAGUGAACAACUCACCGCAAGUCAGGGAUGCUGGAGAUAGGGCCUCGGGGGGAAACGUGCGAAGGAUCGCCGGAAUAAGCCAGAGACAAGUACCCCCGAUACGACAAAGGGACCCAGGAACUAGCACCAGCAGAACGACUCCGGAGACGAAUGUACCGGCUCUCUCUCGAGCUACGGAAAAUUUUCGGUCUCCGCGAGAUCCUCUUCCUUAA